CCUACCCUCUUUCUACACAAACCCGCCGAAUCUCUCUUAUUGGCCGAUGCCACCUCUACAUACGCCGGGCAUACUAAGCCUGCCCCAUGUCAUAACCAUGCACAUUUUCAGACUCCUGCUCAAGGGCACAGCACAAACACUUGCAGCAUCCUCAUUUGUCACCCCCAAUAGGCUGCUGGUAACACUAAUGGCCGUAUGUCACCACUGGCGGGUCUUUUGCAAGCCGCUGUUUUACCGGAGCGCUUGGCUGUCAUUCUCCAAACUCCUGCACACUGAGACUAAACACUAUCCAGAAAUAUUCAGCACCCUCUACAUGUCGCAGUGCGGGCACACCCGCUACGUGCGUAGCUUGCUAAUAUACCUCGCCCCAGAAGACCCGCCCGAACCACGUACUAGUGCAUGUAUCAGACGCCUACUAAUGUCGGGCGAGUUGCAAAGAGCAACCACCAUCUCAUUCAAAGUGUCCGACGGUGCCCGUAACUACGCGUUGGCAGCACAGAAUGCAGGACUCCCUACAUCCAACAUCUCUGACAUGGUACUGCUCUUGAUGGAGGACAUCAGGCACAUGACCGUAUGCUGGAGGACGCCGGAUGUUCCGGCCAAUGCUGGAGCAAACCGGUUUUCGAUUUCCUCGGGUCACGUUCCGCACACAAAGAACGGCCCUACCUUGCCCACUGCAGCGCAUUUCAGUUCACGGCAGCCCGCUCUGUUUGUGCCUCUGUACCAGGCUGCUAGCCCUGCUUUGUCGCUCAGUGGAGAUCUGGUAAUGCUCAUUCGCCGGUUGGCAAGACAGCUGGAGUCCCUGCGUCUGGAGAACUGCGAAUUCGCCCACCUGAAGCGCCUGCUGGCAGCCGAACCAUUAGUGUUUCUGCAGCUGAGGAAAUUUGAACUGUCUGCUUGCCUGGUGCCCAUUGACGGCCGACUCAUCCUGCCAAAUAACCCAAUGCCGGCCCUCACCCACCUGCACUGUGACAGUGUGUGGCCGUUCCGAGAUGGCACCCUUCUUUUGCAGAACUCUGGGCGCCUCCAGUCGUUGCGCCUGCCAGCUGACAGUCGCAUGUUUGCCCGGCUGUUUUCGCAAGGCGCUUUCACAGCAGUCUAUCCUUGUCUGCACACAUUGCAGUGGCUAGCUGGGCACCCGAAACACCAGGGCUCUGGUAGACUCAAUGGCGCCCAAUUCACAGCUGCACUGCACAUGUCGCUGGUCCUGCGGCACAUGCAUUUCGGACUCCCUCUUACUGAACUCUUGCCUGCGCACUCGCUGCCGUCCAGCCUGCACACAUUCUGCAGCCCAUGGCUGGCACUGCACGGCACUGAUAUUCUAGCUCUCGCACGGGCAUGUCCGGAUCUGCGGCACAUCUGCCUCAGCCUGGAUACUAUCGGCCCUGCACGCGGAUUGUUUGCAGUGAGACAUGCUAAGCCACAGACUGUGCCCCGGCUAGAAUCGCUUCUGCUUGCUAAUGUCACCAGCACUGUGCGGGCUGACGAGUGUAUGGAGCUGCUGCUGCGGCUUGCAUCGGAGCUGCCGGCUCUGGCAGACAUCGCUGUCCGGACCAAUUCUCAUACCUUUGCUCGAGUUCUGGCCAAGCAGCUGGGUCCACCGCUUCUGCAUUUUGGCAGGCUGCGAAUAUCAGUAGCGCUAUUGCCCACAGCAGAUAGACUUUGAGUUCUUUUUACACAACACGCAAUAAUGCCUCUAUGGCUGUGACAAUAAAUGCCCAAGGUUG